UAAUGCAAUGGAUAUCCAUUUAGCAUCCCAAAUCAGUUCUAAAUCAUGGAUCUCCUGCCAAACUCCUUGAGAAAGAAAAUCAAGUUAAAUUUCUUUAUACUGAGAAUGUAUAUGGAAAGCCUUUCCGGAUAUUAGAGCAUGAAGCACCUUUAAGAACUCUAGAAAGGGAUGGAUUACAGUACAGCCACUGGCCCAUCCCAGUGACUAGCAGGCCUAUUCUCUCCAUCCAUGCUUUUUUUCCCCUCAACUUAGCUUCGCCAUACAAGCUACAAAGACUCUCCUCCUCAGAACAUUGUGCUGGCAGGAAUUCAGCAUCAUGGAAAAGAAUGAUGGAUGGACCCUUCUGAAGGGAGAAUGCCAUCUUCAGGGAGUAUUCCUGCUUGCCAAUGCCUUGCUGGAAAGAAGCCACCUCUUUGCGUGUAAGACCAUGUACUUGUUGGUCCCUUUGAUUAACCGAGGGAAUGAUAAACACAAGCUCACAUCUGCGGGCUUUUUUGUGGAGCUCCUAAGGAGUCCAGUGGCCAGGAGAUUGCCCAGGUUAUACUCCACUGUCCGCCUGAAAACCUGGCUGUAUGAUGAGAAUAAGCUCUUCAAGAUACUUGCGCUGAGGGGACUACGCAACCUUGUCAGACACCGAGAGAUGAGAGAAGACAUCAAAAGUGUGGUACCGUGCAUCUUAGAUAGCUUACACGAGUCCGAUGAGAGGAUCGUUUUGUUGGCCAUCCAGAUACUCAUGCAGCUUGUCAAGACACUAGACUCUACCACCUUGGCUUCCAUGAUGAAGAUCCUGUUCUCCUUAUUUGGUGAUGUGAGGCAUGGCAUCCAUCGCUUCUCCAUGACUCUCUUUGGAGCCUCCGUAAAGGCUGUGAAAUGCACAGAUAAGAAGUGUGUGGAGAAGCACGUCCUGGAAAGCUUGGUCCCACUACUGCUGUUUUCUCAGGAUGACAAUGAUGAAAUAGCUAAGGAGAGUAGACGAGUCCUGACUCUGUGUGCCCAGUUCCUGAAAUGGAAGCUGCCCCGGGAAGUGUACUGCAAAGAUCCCUUAUACAUCAAACCGAAUGAAGUUAGAAGGGUCUGCAAAUUCUUUGGAGAAAAAAGCAAGGGGAAAAUAAACAUCCUAGACCAAACCCUAAUGUAUUCCAGGGAUCCAAAACUUCCCAUCAGAAGAACAGCUGUCUUGUUUAUAGGGAUCUUAUCAAAGUAUGUGGAUCCCAGUGAGCUCAAGAUGAAGGGUACUGACUGGAUAGAGAAUGAUCUGAGAGAACUGUUACAAGACCCUGAGCCCUCCUUGCGCAUCAUCGCCUCCCAGGCACUGUUCCGAAUCCAGAGAGUAGGGAGUCAGCCAGAAGAAGCCCAGAAAACAUUCUGCAGGUUGAGGAAGCUCUUCAGCUGUCUUCAUACUUAAAAUGUAAAACACAUGACCGCAGAUGGAGAAACUGAGGAAACAAACAUGAAAUUAAGUUGCUCUGGGUCACACAAAUAGUAAAGGGCAAAGCCAGGAUAAUCCCAGUAUUCUGACUCCUACACCCACAUCCUGGGUUAGUCUGCUGUAUUCGUCUACAUCUGCUCUUUCUUACAGAUGGGAAUAAACACGGAUGGACCUGCUCUAUAGUUCAUCUCAGUUGCUGAAUUUGUGCUCCAAAAAACCCUCAUGCAACCAAGUAUGUUUGUAGUGACACUGAGCCUCCAGUGUUUAAUCAAAUCCAGGUCUGACCUCUUAUUUCCUAAAGAUAGCAUGCUGCACAUUUUGAUCACAGAGAACAUCCAUCCUGUACUGUAAAGAUAAUGGAGUUCUAUAAAAACUGGUGUUUUCUUGAAACUUUUUUUCCGUGCUUGGUUUGAGUUCAUGUGCUCUUCCAUUCUCAGGGUGGAAAGAGACCUGUAGGGAUGGAAAGAUACUCAUUUCUAAAUUUUCAGUGAAAAAGUGAGAGAACAAGCCAGGCUUCGCAUCUUCUGCCUCUAUUCCAGCACUUGUGAGGCAGAGGUGAGAGAACUGUCACAAGUUCAAGGUUAUCCUGAUCUAUAUAACGAAUUCCAGGCCAGGCAGAGCAAGACUCUGUUACAGAAGGAGUAAAUGAAUUCUUUUCAAAUCCAAAAAAGCAAGGGGACUGUGAUUACAGAGGCUAAGCUGAGGAUAUAGUUUAGAUCUCUAGUGCCAGAACAUGACUGAAUGACCCCUUUCUUUCUCAUAUUUUGUACUGUAGUUCUUUUCUCUCCAGCUAGAUUUUAUUUUUUGACUAAUGCCACCAACAGGUGGUCUCAAGCAUAAAAACAUUUAUUUUAUUUAUAUUUGUUAGUUAAAAUUCAUUGAAGUACAUACUGAGAGACAUGGGACUACUGCUUAUUGAACUAUCUCAGAACCUGGGAACUUUUAUAAGUGCCUAAUAGUGAUAAUACUAAUAAGUCUAUUAAAUCCAGAUAGCUUCGUUAUUUUUAUAUAAAGCUAUCCUUAGAAACAGGUUAGUAGUUUUUAUUGAUUUUUCUAAAACAAUGUAUGAAACAAAGGGUCUAGGCUUUAAUUUUGUCAUAUGUUGAA